AUGGCGGAAGGCAUUCUCUUUGACAUUGCUGCACGAAUCAUUGAGAGCUUCGGAUCCCGGGCUCUCAAAGAGAUCGGACUGUUUUGGGGUGCCACAGCUGAUCAGCUUGAGAAGCUCAAGAACACCGUUUCAACAAUCCAAGCCGUGCUUCUUCAUGCUGAGGAGCAAGGCUCAGUGAACGGGGAAGUUAGAGAUUGGCUUGAAAAGCUUGAAGAUGUCGUUUAUGAUGCAGACGACUUGAUGGAUGCUUUCUCCACCGACUAUCUGUUGCGAGAGAUGAAGAUGGCAAAAAAGGUAGGAAUCUUCUUCUCCAAAUCAAACCAGACUGUCUAUAAUCUGAAAAUGGGUCAUAAGAUUAAGGCGAUUAGACAGAAGUUAGAUGCCAUCGCAAAUGUUAGGGAAUUCCACUUGGAGGAACGCCCUACGGACAUAGGAGUCAGGGCAAGUAAGUGGGAUGAUACUCAUUCCUAUGUAAGUGAGGACGAAAUUAUUGGUAGAGAUGGUGACAAAGAGAAUAUCAUAACAAGACUUAUUUCUGAUUCCGACAUUAAAGAGAAUGUCGGAAUCAUUCCGAUUACUGGCAUCGGAGGAUUAGGAAAGACAACACUUGCUCAAUGCAUAUUUAAUGACUGGAAAGUAGAUGAACAUUUUCAGCUAAAAAUGUGGGUUUGUGUCUCUGAGACUUUCGAUGAUUUAGACAGCGAGAAGUCAUGGUGUUUAUUCAAGCAAGUGGCAUUUGAGAACGGACAAGAGCCAGUGAAUUCUAGAGAGGUGGAAGUUGGAAGGGAGAUUGUAGAAAAGUGUUCAGGUGUCCCUUUUGUCAUCAAAACAAUGGGAAGGCUACUAGCCAUGGAAAAUUCUGAAGCAGAAUGGGUCUCUUUUAAAAACAAAAAACUGCCAAGAAUAAAAGAAAGGAAAAUUCUAAACAUUCCCGGGCUGCAUCCCCUUUGCGUCCUCGUUGCCUACGUGGCAACUAAAUCCAACAACGCUGUUUUCAGCUUAGAGGAUAAUUGA